AUGAAUUCUGCUCUUCAAAACGCGUCCUCAUCUGGCGGCAAGUCGCUCAAUAUCUCCUCGCAUUCUCCUCUUCAGCAGCAGAAUCAAAGUCCUUCUCCAAGCUUCGAGUCAGGCUCACGACGCUUUGCGGGUCAUUCUCUCCCAGUCAACGCGUCUCCCCGAAACACUCAAGGUCACAAGAAGCAGCACAAGAACUCGAGGAAACCGAGGCUCGCGGAUGAGGAUGCUAUGGCGGAAUCCGGAGUCAUGAGAAAUGCCAACAGCCGUCGGGGGCAGACCUCGAUCACUCACCUAAUGAACAUCACCCUUCCUCCUCGACCACAAGACUAUCGUAACAACAUUGCCAGAGGAUCAAGGAGGGGUAACAUCUAUGGAAUUGGAUCAGGUCAUCAUUCUAGUGAUAAGGCGAGGUACAUUCAUGCCAACUACAGGUUCAUCGUCAAACCCAACGGAGAUUAUAAGCAGCAAGCAAUCAACGCUGAUCAACAUCUCGAUUGGAAUGACGUUCUGCAGAUUCUUGCAUCGUCAGUAUCACAGGAAGCGUCGUGUCCCAUCUGCCUCUCCCAUCCUGUCGCUCCACGAAUGGCAAAGUGCGGUCAUAUCUUCUGCCUUCCUUGUCUCAUUCGUUACAUGCACUCCUCCGACGAUACCAACCCGAUACCUGAGAAGAAAGCGCGGUGGAAGAAAUGCCCCAUCUGCUGGGAUUCGGUAUACAUUUCCGAGACUAGACCCGUGAGGUGGUACACUGGACAAGAGAGCCCCGCCCCACGGGAAGGUGACGAUGUGGUAUUGCGAUUGGUAAUGCGCCAGCCUGGGAGUACUCUCGCCUUACCUCGGGAUGGAGCCGAAGCCCUGCCGAAAUCAGAAGAUAUACCCUGGUACUUUGCUGCGGAAGUUACAGAUUAUGCCAGAAUUAUGAAGGGCAGUGAAGAGUACAUGUUGGAACAGUACGAUGAGGAAAUACAAGAUCUCCAGCGACAGGAAAAUGAGGACGAGUUGAUGUUUGGUGAAGAGCCGGAAUGGACGAGGAAGGCGGUCAACGCAGUUAGAGAAGCUAAGGAGAAGGUCGAGGGCAUUGGCAAUCCACCCGCAGUGGCAAAACAACCGGCAGAAAAGAAGCCCAAGAAACUACCAAUUCAGUUUACUGUGAUGGACGAAAACGCCCCGGAGAUGUACUUUGUUCAAAAAGCCUCAAAUUCCGGCUUGAACCUUGCCAACGGUACGCCUGCAUUGGAGACUGCUCAGACGAAUGAUGAGUCUUUGGGUCUUCCAAUCAUUCAGCCACAAGCGAUCCCUGCCCACCACGAGACGAAAAUUGCUCGAGUUGGCCACAGUGAGGCGCAUCAUCCCGAUGCACCUUAUUACUUCUACCAGGCUCUUCUCCAUUACUAUCUGGCUCCUCUCGACAUCCGAAUUUUGAAGUCUGCAUUCGGCAACUUCGCCUCAUUCCCUUCUACGCUCCUCCCACGCGUUGAGCGCGUAUCCACUGGCCAUAUCAUGGAUUAUGACUUACGAAAGCGAACGAAAUAUCUUUCACAUCUUCCAGACGGCUGUGAAGUUGGAUUUCUUGAGUGUAAUUGGACAGAUGUGGUCAGCCCUGAGAUCUUGAUUCAAUUCAAGGAUGAGAUCGAGAAGAGAAGAAAACGCAAUCGGGACAAGGAAAGUCGUGAGGAGCGAGAUAGAGUUCGUGCAGAGAAAGCCGAGGAUGAUGCUCGCUGGGCAAAUGCUAGGAGGAAACGACCAAGCAUAACCGCGGAGACCUUCUCUUCGCAAGACUUCGUCGAUAUCGCAUCAACUUCGCUUGAUGCGAGCAAUGCGUCGCCUCCUUGGCCUACCCGCCAAGGAUCCUCGUUUGGACCAUUGGCAUCACCAUCUACAAGUCCAACUGCACCAAGGACAGUAUGGGGUACUGCAUUGGUCGCCCCAGCAUCUCCAGAGACUCACGCCCAGCGUGUGGAGCAAGAUGGCGAUGAUGGCUGGCUGUCUUCCUGGGAGCAGGAGCUGCGGGCGGAGAAUGCCCAGAACGAUCUGAUCGCACAGGUCCAGGCUGCUUCUCUGAACGGGCCAGAGACUCCGAAAGCUGGAGGUCAAGGAAAGGGGAAGAAGAAGAAGAAGAUCACGUUAAUGAGCACCACUGCGAGACGAGCUGCUUGAUUUGUCGUUACUUGCAUUUGUACAUAGCGGGUGGAUUUGGUCCGGCGUUUGAGUUGCAGAUACCGAGUUGUAGAUUCACAAUACAGAAGGAAAACUUUGCAUAUGCCCUCAAUACUAUCUGCGGCGACAAAGUCCGAUAUGUCGAUCGGCCUAUUCUAUUAAAAAUCGUGUCUGCUGCCCUUUCGAUACCCUAUCGAACCUGACGUGCGAAUCUGGCCGUGCAGGUAAUGGUUACAGAUUAGAGCUGGCCGCGUCUAAAUAUCCCAUGCAAAGACGAAAAUUAAAAUAACGAGCCUUACCAACCAUGCACCGCCUCCAGAAAUCUCCAAUGCGCAAAUACAAUUGUACAAAUUCGGCCGGCUAGAUAGAACCUUCGCCCUCGCUAACAUUAUUGCCACCGGAACACAACCACCUCACUUUCCCAGUAUACUCUAAGAGGCCACGGCAAAUUUACUCUUCUUCCUCAACCUCGCCCCAAAGAUAAAAAUCACAAAGACACCCAAAAUACAACAAGUCGUCAGCCCACCCAAGAGACUGACACCACCAGCAAUGCCCAGAUUGAGAAACAUCGGGCGCGCAUAUUGGAUAGAUCCAGCCGCGAACAUCGAUCUCGCGAAAUCAUUGGCGGCGAAGAGACUUCCUGCGUAUUUUGGGUAUGUGAACGGGAGAUAGAUGAACAAUGACUGCAUGACGAGGGAGAUGCCGCAGACGCUGACUGCGAUACCGAUCAUGCUGGCUAUCCAGUGGACAGAAUGACGGGCGGUCCAAGCUUGUUCCAUCCCAUAGGAAUAAAGAACGUCCCGAGCAGACUCGGCUGGAUGCGAUAUUCAGGCGGGACAUUCCAGAAUCCGACUUUGGCCAUAUGCGGGUCGCCGAUAUAAAUGAAGAAGAGGCAGUAUAGUGUACAGCCAACAAUCAGGCCAACGAGUACGGAUAAGAAAGAGAGGCCCAGUUCUCCGAGAUUGAAGCCGUAGAUCUCAACGUAGACGAGAGGGAAUGAUUCACUUUGGCACAUUAGCGGAGUCGGGGUGUCGCAGAAAGAACGAGAACCUACAAGAACGAAUAGAAAAUUCCAUACACGAGCGCAGUAUACACCGUCGUGAACAGUACAGCUGGAUCCAGGAUGUUGAUCUCCCACGGUUUGAUCAGCGCAUCGAUUGUGAUUUGGCGAGAGUUCAUGGCCGCUUGCUUGAUCUCCGAAUCGGACUUCAAAUCUGUCCGACCUGUAAGUUUUCUCAGUCUUUGGGCACGAUGGAGGAGGAUCGUGUCGGAUGAUGUCUCAGGAAGAGCAAUGAGCAUGACGAGGAGCAUGGGGCCGGAGAUCCAGAGAAGUUCCCAGGCACUCCAGCGCCAGUCCUUGGCUUGGACGGCGAAGCCUGCGAUGAGUGGACCGAGACACUGUUCUCAUUAGUC